AUGGCUGAGCCAACGAAACGGACCUAUUCCGGCGACGACGAGAAGCGGGACCUCGCCAGCAGCGAUGUCAUGGAAGACGCGCCUCCCACUGUAGUGGCAGCCGUUGCUGCACACGAGAUCGCGCACGAGGUGGAAGAUGGCAAAUACUCCCCGUGGACGAAAUCCAUGUUCAACCUCUAUGGGGUGCUGUUUGUGGCGUAUUGCUGCGGUGCCCUCAACGGAUAUGAUGGAUCACUCAUGGGAUCGCUCAACGGAAUGACAUCCUACCAACGAACUUUUGAUAUGAAGACCUCGGGCUCUUCGACCGGCAUCGUGUUCAUGAUGUACAAUGUCGGAUCGGUCUGUGCCAUCCUCUUCACGGGACCCGUCAAUGACCUUCUUGGCCGACGCUGGGGCAUGUUUACCGGCGCUUUGCUCAUCAUUAUCGGCACUUGCAUCCAGGCUACUGCAAACCACAUCCCUCAGUUCUUAGGUGGACGUUUCGUUUUGGGCUUUGGCGUGUCAUUUUGUUGUGUCUCUGCUCCAACCUACGUGAGCGAGCUUGCUCACCCUAAGUGGAGAGGUACCCUGACUGGAUUGUAUAACUGCAUGUGGCCUGUGGGAGCUUUCAUUGCAGGCUGGGUUGCCUAUGGCGCUUCUUUCAUCCCCGGAGACGGCGGCUGGCGUCUUCCCGUCUGGUGUCAACUGGUCACAUCCGGAAUCGUUGUCGCUUUUGUGUUCUUCUUGCCAGAAAGUCCCAGAUGGCUUGUAGCCAACGACCGACAUGAAGAGGCAGCAAAGAUCCUGACUCAGCUCCACGGUGAAAAAGAUCCCAACCAUCCGAUUGUGCAAUUGCAGAUGAAGGAAAUGAUGGCCCAAAUCUCGAACGAGGCUAGUGAUAAGAAGUGGUGGGAUUACCACGAGUUGUGGAACACCCACUCCGCUCGGAGAAGACUGAUUUGCGUCUUGGGUAUGGCCAUCAUGGGACAGGCUUCCGGAAAUUCUCUGUCCAGCUACUAUCUCGUGACAAUGAUGAACACAGCCGGAAUCACCGACGAAAAGAAGGUCCUAGCCCUCAACGCAGUUAACAGCAUUCUCGGCCUUCUUGGUAGUGUUAUCGGCGCCCGCCUAACCGACCGCGUAGGCCGACGACCUUUGCUCAUCUACAGCAUUCUUUUCUGCUCCGUCACUUUCGCCGUUAUCACCGGUACAUCCAAGAUGGCCGUCGAUGACCCGAGCAACACCAACGCUGCCAAUACCACCAUCGCCUUCGUCUUCCUGUUUGGUGUCGUAUUUUCUCUGGGCUGGACAGCUCAGCAGAGCAUGUACAUUGCCGAGACUCUCAGCACCUCCACUCGUGCCAAAGGAACUGCGGUCGGCAAUUUCGCCUCCUCGGCUAUCUCGCUGGUGCUUGCUUACAGUUCUGGCCCUGCAUUUGAGAAGAUUGGCUACUACUUUUACCUUGUCUUCGUCUUUUGGGAUAUCUUAGAGGCAAUCUUCAUCUACUUCUUCUUCCCGGAGACUAACCACAGAACGCUGGAAGAGCUUGAGGAGGUGUUUUCCGCGCCUAACCCCGUCAAGAAGAGUUUGGAGCCUCGUUCCGCAUCAACCGUGUUGGAGACUAUGAAGGUUCCUAAUGAGAAGUUUGUAGAGGCCUAA